AUGGGUGAGUCGAUCUUUCGUGGUACAACCAGGACAGUACCUGUACCUCACUGUACCUUGGCUUGGUUUGGCUUCUCUGUUCCAGAGCCAUCCUUUUUGGAUUGUCUGGUGGGAUUCGGACCUUUCUCACGACGGCAUGUAUCUGCAGAUGCUAGUCCGGCCGCGCCAAGGGUUUACAGGACGACUCGCCUCAUAUCGCGACAAGCAGUACUCUGCAUGGAUCGAGGGGCCUUACGGAGUAUCCAGAAACUUGGCGAGGUUUCGAACCGUGCUCAUGUUCGCCACCGACAUUGGUAUUGCCGCUCACGUGCCAUACCUAAAGUGGUUAACAGAGAAUUACCGGGCAUCCGCGGCAGGCCCGACACGGAUUGUCGUAGUUUGGGAGGUCAGUGA